AAGAACUCGGAACGUUGCCGCAAUCCUGUUUUGUAUGACGGCCAUGGCGCGUCCACAGCUAUGCCCGCAAUCACACCCAUUAACUUGACCUGUCAAGUGUUCAGUAUUCAAUUCGCGAUGUCCAGUCCUCAAGUUGCUGCCAUCGCAGCCGUGGGCGUCGCCACGGCGGUCUUCCUCCUGCGACGGUUGUUGCAGGUGAAGCCGUUCAUUCCGUCGUUGAAGAUGUCUGUCCACUUGCACCGCAUAUUUUUCGGCGCUGGGGAGCUCUUCAACUCGGUCGAGGGAUUGGGGCGCAUCACGUUCGACGAGGCCGACGACAACGGCAUGUGCCAGUUCUACGUCUUGGGGGCUCGGUGCAUUUCCGUGCUCAAAGCCGAGCACAUCCGAACGGUUGUGCUCGCGUCCAACUUUCGCCAACGGGUGCCGCUCUUCGACGAGUACGUGGACGCGAUCGUGGGUACGCGACCCCUCCCUUGUCAACCGACGUGCCAAAUACAUGUCGUUGGGCCUAGGGACCAAGUCGCUGGUCCAAGUGAUGGGCCACGAAUGGAAACUCCAUCGCAAGUUGAUUUCGAGAGCAUUCGGGUGGCAGAAUCUGGCGUCCAUGGCGCCAGCCAUGGGUUCCAUCGCCCACGAGUUUGCCAGCCACUUACUCGCGACGCAGGCCAGUUCCAAAUUUGACGUGUUUCCCAUGCUCAAGCUUGCGACACUCGAUAUCAUUGGUACCAACUGCAAUCCCGUAUCGCAUUCCAAUCCACAAACAAUGCCUUGUAUCUCUGCGAUACUGUUUCUAGGUGCCACUGCAUUUGGCGCGUCCUUUGGUGCUAUUCAACACACCACGAAUCACCCCGUCGUGGAGGCGUUCACAUUCCUCUUGGAUGACAUGAAUCGACGGGCCAUCGACGAACCGCUGCAUCCGUCCAGCAUGUUUUACUGGCUGCCCACCGCCGCUAACCGGAUGCACCGCCAGCAGACGGCCAUCUUACGUCGCACGAUCGACGACCUCGUGGCAUCUCGGUUGCAUAAUCCGCCUGCGAAUGAUGAUUCCCAAGGCAAAAAAACCCAUCACGACUUGCUCCAGUACAUGGUGGACGCAGCAGCAGCGGCUGCCCACAAUGAAGAUGCAUCGGGAGGUGUCACCCCCCAGAGCUUUGCCGACAACUUGCUCACGUUUCUCUUUGCGGGGUAUGACACAACCAGCAUUGCACUGGCGUACACCCUGCACCUACUCGCAGCACACCCACAGGUGCAGGACAAAGUCGUGGCGGAGAUUGAAGCCGUGCUCGGGGCAGAUACCGCUCCCACCUGUGACACUGUCAGUCGCUUGACGUUUUGCGCGGCCGUGGUCACCGAAAGUGUGCGCCUCUUCCCCCCCGUCCUCGUCACCAUGCGGUCGCUCGAAGCUGACUUGCACGUGGGCGGGCACCACGUCCCCAAAGGCACGAACGUGAUGUUGCCCAUCUAUUGGAUCCAUCGGUACGAGGAGAAUUGGGGCGCCGACGCCACCGCAUUUCGCCCAGAACGACACUUGGAUGAGAUACAUGGUAAAGACAAGGCGUUUCGGAUGAUGGCGUUCUCAGCGGGGCCGCGGAAUUGCGUGGGCAUGCGCUUCGCCAUGAUGGAGGCGGUGAUUGUGCUGGCCGUGGUGCUGCGUCGGUGCCGCUUUUCAUUGCCGACGGACGCGCCACCCGUGCGUCCCGUCGUGGCCGGUCUGGUUCAAAAGCCAGAACAUGGCAUUUGGCUGCAUGUGCAACCUCGGGAGUCGGCGCCUGCGCUCUGACCUCUCGACUUGUACGAGGGAUUCCAAUAAUGUAUAGUAGUGAGAAAUUGUUUGGAUCUGUAGUACAGUGUCGC